UUCUUACUAUUUUUCUCAUCCUUCACUACCAAAUACCACAUUUCAAUUGACCUUGAGUUUAUUACAAUGGAUUCUAAAAUAGCAUUCGUCAUUCUUGGCCUUUUGGCCAUGGUUCUUCUUAUUUCCUCACAGGUGUCUGCUAAUACCAAAGAAGAGGUUGUUGAAAACUCAAAUGAACUAAAUGAUGCCAAGUAUGGUUAUGGAGGCUACGGUCGUGGUGGUUACAAUGGUGGAGGCGGUGGUUAUAAUAAUGGAGGUGGUUACCGUAAUGGUGGAGGAGGUUACAAUGGUGGAGGUGGUUACCGUAAUGGUGGAGGUGGUUACAAUAAUGGAGGUGGUUACCGUAAUGGUGGAGGUGGUUACAAUGGUGGUGGUGGUUACCGUAAUGGCGGAGGAGGUUACAAUGGUGGUGGCGGCUACCGUAAUGGUGGAGGAGGUUACAAUGGUGGUGGUGGUUACAAUGGUGGAGAUUCUGAUAAUCUUAACUGAUUAUAUCGUCAUGCAUGCACGUUCUAAGUAUAAUAAAUUAUAUGAAUAAAAUAGUGGUGUUGAACAAAAGAAAUAUCUAUCUUGCCACUCUAUAGUAUAGUUAUUUCACAACUCAAUAAAUCACUAUGUAUAUGUGGUGUUGAGUUUGAUUUAGAACUAAAGUGGUGAAUGAAUUAUCAUGUGUAAUAUAUCAAAUAUCAUCCUUGUUUUAAUUUC